GGUUGGUGUCCCGUAUUUCCACUGGGUGUCACCCGGGUCAAUCAUCACUACUGCCGCUCGCGAGCGGUUCAUGGAGGCCUCAUGCGGAGACAGGACGAUCUUUUACGCUCAAGAGCACGACGCCCGUCUCCUCGAAUCGGUCAGAUCGCUUCGCGAGGAGUCCCGUCUCUGUGACGUUGUCAUUCAUGUCGGUGACACGGAAAUACAGUCUCACCGUCUCGUCCUCGUCGCCUACAGCGGCUAUUUCCGCGCCAUGUACACGAGCUGCUCGGAGAUGGUCGAAUCAAGCCUUCCGGACGUGACACUUCAUGAUGUGGACGCAAGUGCAGUGAAAAACUUGAUCGACUUCAUGUAUACUUCACAGCUGGAGCUUCGCACCGACAGUGUUCAACAUAUCUUGAAGGCCGCUUGCUUAUUGGCCAUACCCUCGGUCGUUGACGCGUGCUGUCAGUUUGUGCAAGCUCAUCUUCACACCAGCAAUUGUCUCGGAAUCCGUCAGUUCGCUGCCGCUCACGGUUGUGUGGAACUGAAGAGAGCGGCCGAUCAACACAUGAAGUCGAAUUUCGUCGAACUGGUGCGUUGUGAAGAGUUCCUCAACAUGGCAGGCGAUGAGCUCGUAGAAUUGCUUGCUGACGACGACGUCGAGGUGCAACGCGAAGAGCAGGUUGUUGAUGCAGCAUUGAAUUGGCUUAGACAUGACGCAUCUGGCCGGAAACACUUCGCCCCGGAUAUCCUUGCUACUCUACGCUUGCCGUUCGUCCAGCCUGCGUGUCUAGUUGACAAGCUCGAUAAGGAGGAGAUGUUUCAAGGUGAUUUGAGAUGCCAGCAGCUCAUCUAUGAAGCAAUGAAGUAUCAUCUUGUACCCGAUCAUCGGCCUCUGCUGAGAUGGACUUCGACGUAUGAACCGAGGAAGAGCACUCGAGGAAUUCUACUCGUCAUCGGUGGUACACAGUCGAGCAAAGGUGGAUUGUCAGUUGAACGAUAUGACCCUCGAUCGAAUUCGUGGAGCGUCGUGUGCGGAAUGGGAACACGGAGACUACAGUUCGGUGCCGCUGUAGUGAGAGAGUAUCUUUACGUUGUCGGUGGUCGGGAUGGUUUGAAGACGCUUAAAACGGUGGAACGAUAUGAUCCUGUGGAGGGCAGUUGGACGAGCAUCACGCCAAUGUGUGCUCAUCGUCAUGGUGUCGGCGUCGGUGUCCUCGGCGGUCCCAUGUAUGCAGUCGGCGGACACGACGGCUGGUCGUACUUGAACAGCGUGGAACGGUUUGAUCCCGAGACCGAGCAGUGGUCGUACGUGGCAUCAAUGAAGACGGCUCGAAGCACGGCGGGUGUCGCUGCUCUAAAUAACAAACUAUAUGCCGUCGGCGGACGAGACAGUUCAACAUGUCUUGCAACCGUGGAACGUUACGAUCCACAUACAAACAAGUGGACCGAGGCUGCGUCGUUGAAUAAACGUCGUGGUGGCUUAGGCCUCGCUGCGCUCAACAACCGUUUAUAUGCCGUCGGCGGGCAUGACAGUUCGACCAUAUUUGACUCCGUCGAAUGCUACGAUCCGGGUACCAAUCAGUGGUUGAUGAUCGCGUCGAUGUCUAUCCCUCGAGAUGCCGUCGGGACGGUCGGAUUUGGUAACCGACUGUUUACCAUAGGGGGAUACAACGGUCAGACACAUCUCAGUUCCGGUGAAGCAUAUGAUGUGGAUAAGAACGAAUGGUAUCCCGUCGCUGGGUUGACAGUUGGUCGUGCCGGCGCGGGAGUCGUUUGGAUGCCCAGCAAGCCACACCAUAGCUAUCUCAUGGUGUGUUAGGUAAGUAACGCCUUUAGUAUACAGUAUAGUACGAACGCGUUGAAGAGGUGGUACUAGUUUAUUGGAGCACACGAGAGCAUUUUGUAUUGACAUUGUAGCUUUAUUGAAUUUUAAUGUAUUUGACACAGUUGAGAGGAUAUGGAUUGGUUUUUAUCUAUAGAACACAUAGUUUACAUAGUUUACGUUUUGUAAGAACAUAGAGCACAAAGUGCAGGGUGACUUUGAUAGGAAAGACGUAGGAGUACUAGUGAUGUGGCAGCGCUGAGUUUGUUGUGUGGUAUUGUGUGUAAUAGUACAAGUUGAUUUAAGUAUUGCA